AGAGAGGUGGAGAGCAAGAAAUCAGCAAAUGUCAUGGCUUGUGAAGACCAGCAAGUCCUGACCAACACCCAGACAGAGAACAGCGAGAAUGACUCUGAGGAAGGGUCUAGACACGAGGACCAAACUGCCUUAGAAGAGCCAUCUGUUAUGGUGAGGCUGGGUCCAAACAGUGUUGACAUGACAGAGGAGGAAUUGGAGGCUGCUUUCUCUCAGCUGUCUCUGGCCUUUCGCUGUGACCAGUACACGCUGUGUCAGAGGCUGGAGACAGAGGAACACGCUCGAGACAAUGCUGAGGACAACCUCAAACUGGAAGCGGAAAGAGGCAUGGAAGUGCUUGAGACACUCAAGGGAAUGUGUUUAGAUAUCAAACGUGCCGGGCUUCUCCAGCGUCUUGAGUUGUGUCUUAACAUUAUCAGGGGCACCAUCGGACGAAUCUCCAACACAGCAGAGGUUCUUGGGGCUGUGCAUCAGGAGGCCAAAGUGAACCAUGCAGUGGAACUGAUGGUUGCUCAUGUGGAGAACCUGAAGCGCGGUCAUGAGAGGAAUAGCGUUGAACUGGAGGAGAUGAAGAAACAGAUGGAGAAAAGCAGCAGAGAGCGACAUGUCUGUGAGCAGUGGGUGGGAACUGACGGUAUUGAAAAGCUUGAAAAAGACUCACAGAAGCCUCAGUUACGGCGUAGAAUCAGUACAAACAUCAUUGCAAAGCAAAUCCAGAAGCAAAAAAUAAAGGAGUCAGAAGCUAUAUUAUCUUCAGUGACCAAUGAGAUUUGUGAAAUCACAAAGAAACCAGACCACACAGAUGACUGCCAAAUGAGCAGAGGACACCCAAGUUCACUGCCAGUGUUACCUCAUCAAAAGCUGAGGAGGAAGGCUUCGCUGGAGCGCAGUCAUGCCUUGCUGAAGGAAUCCGAGCGCUACCUCAGAGACUGUGAUAGAUGUGUCAUUAGCUUACAGCGCCCUCUUAUGCAGUGGAUGUAUCGUUGCCGCUGGAUAGUCUUUGUCAUUUACCUCGCUGUUCUUUGCUCAAUCAUUAUAUUAGCCAUAUUAGUGUGGUUGCUGCAAACCCCCGUCUUAUGGAUGUGAAAAUUAUAAUAAAUAUGUACAGAAAUGGAAAUGUGAUGAAUAUGUUAAAAGCACUGUUGAUAGCUUUUAGUUACUAUUUGGUAGAUGUUUUAACUUUGUUUUAGGGCAAACUGUUUCAUGUAUAGUUGUAAAUGGUCUCAGAAUAAAAGUCUUGCACUGGCACUCAUGUCAAUGUAUGCUCUACAUCUGUUUUCUACAAUGUCAAUGUGAAAUAUCUGAAAAUGUGACAAAAUGCACAAGGCA